AUGGAUACUAGGAGACUUCCUGCAGCAGAUUUUUGGUCAUGGGUGGAUUCGUAUGGCAGCUCCUGGAACCUGGAAAUGACUGAACUGUUUUGGGUUAUGUGUUGGGCCAUUUGGUAUGGAAGAAAUCAACUCUGCUUUUGUAGUAAUGAUAUUCCCUACGAGGUUGUUAUUUCUUUGUGCUAUAAGACACUGGCUGAGUUCAAGGAAGCUAAUGCUAAAAGCUGCGGAAAUUCAGAGAAGAGGGAUCCCGUGUGGACUAGACCAAUGGAAAACUGGAUUAAAAUGAAUUCUGAUGCAGGGAUGGCGAGAAGAGGUAAAUGGGGUAUUGGUUUUGUUGGAAGGGACUGUGCAGGUGAAGUUGUGAUUGCUGGGAAUAAGAACAUCCAGAUGAGACAAUCUGUGCUCGAGGCAGAAGCAGAGGCCUUAUUAUGGGGUUUAAAGAUAGCAACCGAGUGCUCUCUAAAGUUGGUAGAAUUUGAAUCUGAUUCAGCUCAACUAAUUUCAGCUUUAACCCAUGAUGAGGAGUAUUUAACAGAAGUUGGAGAUAUAUUAAAUGACAUCAGAGCUGCUGCAAUGAACCUUGAGGGCGUGAAAUGGAGGUUUGUCCAGCGACAGGCUAACUCUCUAGCUCACAUGAUAGCUGCAGAGGCGGAGUCAGAUGAGGGUCGAAUUUGGAUGGAAGAAAUUCAGCCACAAUGGAUGCAGACUUGGAAUGAAGAUUUAUUGAAGAGUUGUUUAGCUGAUAGUAGGUUUAUUUCUGUUUAG